AUGGCGGGCCCCAAGAAGUGGCUCGCGAGCCGGGCCCAUCCUGAGGCCCAAUACCCGAACAGAAUAACGACCAACCUCUGGUCGUUGGAUUUGGGCACACUGACCGGCCCAGAGACCAUCAACAUCAACAAGACGGUCACUUCUUUCUCUGGCGACAACUCCAUCAGCAUCGAAGUCGAUGCUUUUUCGAAGCGGCUUACUAUUCUUUUCCCGCUCCGUAUCAAAGUAACUGAAACAGAUUUCAUGACUCGAGAGUACAAACUCUUGGCCGAUUUGAGUCUGAUCAAGACUGUUUUUCACGUUACAAAGAAAAAUGGCCGAGAAUCACUUGUUUUUCGGUUCCCUCUCCCUCCCCAGUAUUUCUGGAAGACUCAUAACCUACCACCAAAUUCUCUCUUCAGCCGCAACCCACCAGAUGUCUGGAGAAGGGCCACAGAUAUCACUGAGGACGCUACAGUCCCAAUGAAUUACCCAGUAUCUUUGAACAACACCAAGUCAGACCCAGCGUACUUAGAAGUUGGCCGCUGGACUGCCUUUCGCAUGACUCUCAAUACCGCAGACGAGGCUUCGAAAAGAGCUCUCGAGCACAUGAAACUGGCCUUGGAAGACCUCAACAUUACAAUCCAGGUCUGUGACAAUUUUCAAGUUGACGCUUCCAACACUACCAUGUGGGAUUUUCUCGAUCAUCCACAGGACAAUAAUCAAGGAGACGCACUGGCUCUUCUGCAGCCGUCAAAGUUUCCAUUCAUCCACCUGGACUUUGGUGUCCGAUAUCAGCUCGAAGUAUGCGUUGGUCGCAGGGUGCUCAAUGAGCACACCAUCUCACCCGAAUUCCUCCAGAAACUUGCCGAAAUGGACCCUCUUGACGCCAAGCGCAGGCUUGAGUUUCUCCUGGACCAGGGCGAAGUCAUGUACGACCCCAAUCAACUCUUCACAUCGUCCGCUGCAGCAUCAUACGUACCAAAUACAAGAAUUCCACAUUACUGUGUUUUGGCACGGAAAGCUGCCAUCACCCCAACCACUAUCCUGUUGAGCUCUCCUAUUGUCGAGACUUCAAAUAGAGUUCUCCGCUACUUCAACCACAUCCAAGACCGCUUUUUGAGGGUACAGUUUGUUGAAGAGACAGAAAUUGGUCGCAUGGCCAUGAGCUCUCGCAAUAAAGAAGACAUAUGGAAGAAGAUUUUUCGGACCUUGUACCAAGGCAUUCAAAUUGGUGAUCGCCGCUACGAAUUUCUGGCAUUCGGCAGUUCGCAACUCAGACAGUGCGGAGCUUACUUUUUCUGCCCGACAGAUCAUAUUUCGUGUGAUGAUAUCCGCCGGUGGAUGGGAGAAGUCGGCCACAUCAGAAUCGUCGCCAAGCAUGCUGCAAGGUUAGGCCAAUGUUUCUCUACUACAAGAGAGAUGAGGGGCCUUCCUGUCCCAGAUGUCCGGCGUAUUCCUGAUAUUGAAAGGAAUGGAUACUGUUUCACUGACGGGGUCGGAAUGAUAUCCGAAUUCAUGGCCCGGAUGAUCAUCGAAGAAAUGACCUUGGAUGUCUACAUCGAACCAUCGGCGUUUCAAUUUCGCAUGGGUGGAUGCAAAGGCGUGUUGGUAGUCUGGCCCCAGGCCAAGAAAGGAGAAGUCUAUAUUCGUGAGUCUCAAGAGAAGUUCAGGGCCGACAUCAAGGGCCUAGAGAUCAUCAAAUGCGCCAAGUAUUCUUCCGCCACUCUCAAUCGACAGACAAUCACCAUUUUGGAGUGUCUCGGUGUAACCACACAGGCCUUCUUGGACGUCUUGGAGAAACAGAUUGGCCUCUACGAGGAAGCAAUCAAGGACAACAACGUAGCGGUCGAUGUUUUGACCAAGUAUGUUGACGAGAACCAAUCUACUCUAAUCUUAGCAGAGCUUCUGCAAGCUGGCUUCAAGACAGAAACGGUCCAAGAACCGUUUGUAACAAACUUACUCACUCUCUGGAGAUCAUGGUCCUUGAAGCUGCUCAAGGAAAAAGCCAGAAUUCCCAUCGAAAAAAGCGCCUUUGUCUUGGGCUGUGUUGAUGAGACAGGUACUUUGAGAGGCCACUCAAACUCGACCGAAGGCACCUCAGAUAAAGACGUCAACAAACUCCCCCAAAUCUUCUUGCAGGUGUCAGAUUCGAAAGUAUACGAUCAGACCACUGUAAUCAAAGGAGUUUGCGUCGUUGGAAGGAAUCCAUCGCUGCAUCCAGGCGAUAUCCGGGUAGUUGAGGCAGUCGACGUACCGGAGCUUCACCAUCUCAGAGACAUUGUUGUUUUCCCUUCAACCGGAGAUCGGCCAGUCCCCAACAUGCUUUCUGGAGGAGAUCUUGAUGGAGACGACUUUUUCAUCAUUUGGGAGCCCACUCUGAUUCCCAACGAGUGGAAUCACCCAGCCAUGAACUAUUCCAGCCCCUCGCCUGAGAAACUUGACCGCGACGUGAAUGCCGACGAUCUACGAGACUUCUUUGUCAAAUACAUGCAGAACGAUGUGCUCCCACUCAUUGCAACGGCUCACUUGGGACUCGCAGAUUCCGAUGGCCCCAAAUCGGAGAUUUGUCUGCGUUUGGCGGAACUUCAUUCACAGGCUGUCGAUUAUCCAAAGACUGGCGAGCCCGCGGAAUGGAAUCCAAGUCAGCACAAUCCACAGGAGUGGCCACAUUUCAUGGAGAAGAGGGUCUGUUACAAAUCGGAAAAGGCCCUGGGAAAUAUCUACAACAGAGUGGUCAAGCAAUCCAUUCAGUUCCGGCCGGACUGGGAAAACGCCUUUGAUCAGCGAAUCAUAAACAGAUUCCAGCUAGACAACGAUAUGCUCAAGGACGCCAGGAAGAUCAAGUCUCAGUAUGAUAUUUCGGUGCGACGCAUCUUGCUGCAGUACAACUUGGCGACCGAAUUCGAAUUGUACACAUCUUGGGCCAUGUCAAAGCCCUCGAUCGGCAGCGAUUAUAAGCGACAGGAAGAGCUCGGAAAGGAGUUCGAAGCAGUGAAGCAGAGAUUCCGCGACGCGUGCUAUGAAGCGGCCGGCGGCUACAAUGAGGCCAAGAUUGACAGAUUUGUGGCAGCCAUGUACAAGGUUACAGAGGAGGAGAUUAAGAUUGCGCUGUUUGAGCAUCACCGUGGACCGACAAAUGAGGGCGGUGUAAUCGUUCCAGCCCGGAGACUCGAACCCAAGUCAAUGCCGUUCAUCAGCUUCCCUUGGAUUUUCCCCUGGGUCAUGAUUCGUAUUGCGUCUGACGGAAAGUGCAAUCCCAAAAAGUCCAUUCUCGCCGCGGCUCAUCAACGGGUGCCUAUCUCUUUGCCUCCUAUCACCCCAUUGACUCAAGAGAACCACCCUGAAGCCAGUACUGGUAGAAUUGGUCAAGUGCCCCAGAGUGGUGCUAUGAGCGAUGGUAACGAGGCUACAGUGGUUCAACUUGAGGGAAAUGUGGUGGCAGCAUCAACCACCUUGACUGACUUUGGGGGCUUUGGCCAAUUUUAG